AUGAAGCUAGUGUCUGUGAAUAAUCUAGAAGGAGUUCAAAAUCUGCUCUACAAUGGCACAAAUGCAAACUGCCAUGACAAACUCCACAGAACUCCAUUGCAUAUUGCUUCUAGUCGAUGCUACACAGACAUGGUAGACUUACUUCUAGCUAAUGGUGCUGAUCCCAAUCUGCAGGACAUUUUAUUAAAUACUCCUUUACAUCUAGCUGCCUGCAACAACAAUGUGCAUAUCAUCAAACUCUUGAUUGAUGGUGGAGCUGACCUAAGACUACUUAAUAUGAAUAAGAAGAAUCCAGUCCAAAUUGCUCAAAGUAAAUUAAGAAUAUUGGUGAGGCGCAUUAGAGAAUGUUACACAUUAAAGAAUGUGUUAGGUGUGGCACUUGUGAGGGCAGGUGAUAAAAGAUAA